CAAAUCCUCUCCGCCCAUUAGUCGCGUCCGAUGGUUGGAUAAUGUUUCCUUUCUUUAAUGUCUGAGAACCAAGGCUGUCUCCUUAUUUUGUAUCAGACGAGAACUUAACACAGGCUUUGAAGCCGAUUUGCUACAAUUCCGUAUGAGUCGCAGGACAGCAAUGCCUUCUGUUCCCUCCAACAAAGAAAGUGGCAGUCUUGCCCCCAACUGCCCUCUUGUGGUCAAGAGUAGUGCCAGUCAGAUCCAAGUUAAUGAAGAUGAAAACAAUAUGUGGUCAUCAUCUGUCAGCGCCAACAGAGAGGAUAACGCAACAGAAAGGAAGUGGAUCCGCCCUGACCUUCCCAGCAAAUGCACUUGGAGAUUGGGCAGCUUAGCCUCUGAGUCCCCUCAUUUCUUUCCUGAAAGGGUAAAAGCUCCCACCAUCCUGCCCAAUAUUCUGUGGAAAAUUGGGGACACCCCCCUGGUCCGCAUCAACAAGAUCUCUAAGGCUUUUGGACUCAAGUGUGAACUUUUGGCAAAGUGCGAAUUCUUCAAUGCGGGCGGCAGUGUGAAGGACAGGAUCAGUCUGCGCAUGGUGGAGGAUGCUGAGAGGGAAGGGAUCCUCAAACCUGGGGACACCAUCAUUGAGCCCACAUCUGGGAACACUGGUAUUGGCUUGGCCCUCGCAGCUGCUGUCAAAGGCUACCGCUGCAUCAUCGUCAUGCCUGAGAAAAUGAGCCUGGAGAAGGUGGAUGUUCUGCGAGCCCUGGGCGCAGAGAUUGUGCGGACACCCACCAGUGCUCGCUUUGACUCCCCCGAGUCCCACGUGGGUGUUGCCUGGAGGCUGAAGAAUGAGAUCCCCAAUGCUCACAUACUGGACCAGUACCGAAAUCCCAGCAACCCCCUGGCUCACUACAGCACCACAGCUGAGGAGAUCCUGGAGCAGUGUGACGCAAAGGUGGACAUGGUGGUGACAGGAGCUGGCACCGGAGGCACCGUCACUGGCAUUGCCCGCAAGCUCAAAGAGAAGUGCCCAAAUGUCAAGAUUAUUGGAGUCGACCCUGAGGGUUCAAUUCUGGCAGAACCAGAGGAACUGAACAAGACUGAUAAGACCCAGUAUGAAGUGGAGGGUAUUGGCUAUGACUUCAUUCCUACUGUUCUGGACAGAUCUGUGGUGGAUGGCUGGAUCAAAUCCAAUGAUGAGGAGUCCUUUGCCAUGUCUCGUAUGCUCAUCAGAGAGGAGGGCCUUUUGUGUGGGGGCAGCUCUGGAUCUGCCAUGGUAGCAGCGGUAAAGGCUGCGAAGGAGCUGAAGGAGGGACAGCGCUGUGUGGUCAUCCUGCCCGACUCUAUCCGCAAUUACAUGUCCAAAUUCCUUAGUGACAAAUGGAUGUUCCAGAAGGGUUUCCUGAGGGAGGAAAAUAUCAUGGUGUCCAAGCCCUGGUGGUGGAAUCUGAAGCUGCAGAACCUGAACCUGUCUGCCCCCUUAACUGUAUUGCCCACCGUUACCUGCCAGAAGACAAUCAAGAUCCUGAAGGAGAAGGCCUUUGACCAGGCACCUGUGGUUGAUGAAUCUGGUCUGAUACUAGGCAUGGUGACUCUUGGGAACAUGCUCUCCUCUGUGCUGGCCGGGAAGGUGAAACCUUCAGACCCUGUCAGCAAGGUCCUCUACAAGCAGUUCAAACAAAUUAAGCUCACUGACAACCUGGGGAAACUGUGUCGGAUUCUGGAGACAGAUCACUUUGCUUUGGUGGUCCAUGAGCAGAUCCAAUCAGACAUGGCAGACGGGUCCUCAAGCCUUAAACAGAUGGUAUUUGGAGUUGUGACCGCCAUUGACCUGCUCAAUUUUGUCACCGCCCGGGAGAAGAGGGAGAGGUCUCAGUCCGAGUGCACUGAUGAUUCGUAGCACUUAGGCCAGGAGCAGAGCUGGGGCGCCGCAGUCUGGUUACUCGCUCAGGACUGUCCAUAAUUCCAGUCCACCCACUAUUACAUUAAUAGUAUUAAUUUGCGAGGAGAUACCUUGUGUUUUAUGGAUAUAUUUUUGAUACAAGUGAUUGAAUCAAACUGGAUGGAUUUUGGUUUUAUUAAUGCCAAUCUACCCCCCCUUUCAAGAAGGCUUGUGAUUUACAAACUUUUCUCUGCCAGCCAUCACUCUGCCUGUGCCUCAUUUGAAUGCUCUAUACAUUGAAUAAAUUUUUUUGCAUUUAA